AUGUCCCCUUCAAAGAAAAAUUCUAAUCGCCAUCUCAAGUUAGUUGAAGAAGAGGAAGUAAAACAAUUUGAUUAAAAUGAUGGAGAAAGGUAGCAACAAAAUAUUGAAGCAGAUUAAGAUCCAAUCUAAAUUUACACGAACAAGAAUAUUGACAUGACUAGUGAAAAAUACAGAGAUAGAAGAUUAUCAUAAAGUGUAGGAAAGAAAAAAAAUUCAAAUGCAUACAUCAAAAGUCAAAGAAAAAAUAGAAGUAAAAAUUAGUCUCCAAACUAGUCUUUUAUCCAAGAUAGACAAUCUAAAACCCCAGAUAGAUCAGAAUCCCCAAUGUAUGGUGAGUCAGAUAAAUCCUCCAAUCCAAACCUAAGAGGUUUAAUGGAAAGUUAAACUUUACAAAAAAUGAAAAAUAAGUACUUCCUAUCUUUAGGAUAUGGUGUUAAUGCCUACUUUGAUACCUUAGCUUCGUUCAUUAAACUCUAUGGAAUUAUGAGCAUCAUAAAUUUGGUAAUCAUUUACAUUUACAACUAAUACGAUGGAAUGAAAAGCUUAAGUGGUGCUCCACUUAGUGCCAAGCUUUCAAUUGGCAAUUUAGGUUUUUCAGAGCCAUUGUGUUCAAGCGUUAACUUUGGUGUAAAUCAUAAUCUGCUAGCAUGCCCUUACGGUUCAAUUUAAAAGGUGCAUAGCUUUGGCAUACAUGCUAGUUAAAAAUAAAAUCUGCCACCAGUCAAUGAUGCUAUCUCUAUAACUUCUUUUAUUGAAUUUCUCAAUAUUUUCAAGCCAAAAGAUAAAGGUUUAAGAUGUGUGAAUAAAAACAAUGAUGUUUGCAAUAAAUUUAUAGAUCUUAAAAAAGCUUAAAAGUCUAUUGAGGAGGAAUGCAUUGGAAAGGAUGCCUGUUAUCUUGAAAAUUUCUAUCAAUUCUUAAAAAAUACAGGCUAUUCUAAUGACGAGGAAUUGUAUCAAAGUUGCAUAGAUGAUGAUGCUGUAUUUUAUGUUUAGGUCUAAUGCCUUCAAAGCGAAGAGUAGUUAGAAGAGAAAAGCCGAUCUGGUCUUCUUGUGAGUUUCUUGGUUAUCAUUCAAGCCAUUAUUUUCACUUAUUUCAUCUAAUAGUUCAAGAAGAGAGCAUCAGAAAAAUACGAAGAGUGGGAUCUAGCUACAACAACUACUAGCGAUUACACAGUUGAAUUUAAGAUUCAUAAGGAGAUGUUUGAUGCCUUUUGCUAGAAGGAUAAAGAAUUGAGAGCAAAGUUAACAUUAACUGAGGAAAACGAUAUUUUAGAAAGAUAAAACUUUAAGGGCUCAUUAUUUAGAGAUACUUUAAAGAGAAAUAAGUCAAAUAUCUUGAACUCAAGCAGAAUAUUUCGUUUUAAAGAGCAUUUAAUAAAUGAGAUUGAACAGAUCUUAGCAAUGAGGCCUGCUUGCGUUGAUCCUGAAAUAAAACGGAUUAAAAUAGUUGAUGUAGUAUUCGCAUUCAAGAGUUCAGUUAUAAUUAGGAAACUAAUGGAUCGAGGAACUUAUAUCAUGUCAUCUGAAUAGGAUAAAAUUAUUAAAGUUGAAUAAGAAUUAGACAAUAUCUUGACAGAAAAAUAAGAAGAAUUUUCUGAACCCGUCAGAGCCUAUAUAAUUUUUUAAGAUGAGGAAGGCUAUCAAAGAGCAUGUCACAUGUCAAAGUAAACAGUAUGUUGUCAAGAUAGAGCAGAUCAUUACUGGUAUGGUAAACCAGUCUAUUUCAAGGCUGCUCCAGAGCCUUCAAAUAUAAUGUGGGAAAAUCAGUACUGGCCAUUUUGGCUAAAGACGUUUAGAAAAAUCUCAACAUUUUUGAUUGUGGUCUUAAUUCUCCUCGUCUAAGUUUCCUUCAUGUUCCUUAUAACCAAGAAAAACGUUCAGUUUUAAAGUAAGUACCCAAUAGUUGAUUGUCAUGAUAUCAAGCAAGUCUACGGGGAUAAUCUUUAGAAAUUUGCAAUUCUUCAAUGGCAUGACUUUAGUAAUGAUCUUAAUACUGAUUAAAGAAGUGCUCAUCUCUGCUUUUGUGAGAAUUUAGUAAAUCAUGAUGGUAUUUAGGCGGCACUUUUAAAUGAGUACACAACCACUAAUAAGAAAGGGGAUAUGAUAGGAGGACAGAUCUGCUCCGAGUUCCUAUAAGGAAAAUAUAUUUUGAAGGUUACCAAGUUUGGUAUUUCAUUAAUGAUUCUGAUGUUUAACUACCUACUCAGAACCACAAUCAUAGAUUUGGUAAAAUGGAUUGGGAAAAAAACUUUCUCAUCUCAAAUGAAUUCAAUCCUUAAAUUCCUAUUCAUAUCUUAAUUCAUCAAUACUGGACUAAUUCUUCUAUCUGUUCAUUCAAAUUUUGAGAAUGCCCACUUACCUUACGUGAAAAAAAUAUUCAAUGGAUCAUAUCCUGAUUUUACAAUGGAAUGGUAUUACAAGAUUGGCUCGAUUUACACGUAGACCUUGUUUAUACUUGGAUUGAGUCCUUUGAUUGAUACAAUUAAAAUAUCAAUUUAUAACAGAAUCAAGCAGUAUAAAGAUAGCAAGACAAUUACAAAAAUCAAGCCCUUACAAGAAAUUUAGUCUUAGUCUAAGACUAAAUCAUAAUUCAUUGAAUGCUAUUCAGGACCAGAAAUGCUCAUUCAUUACAGAUAUUCUGGAAUAAUUGUUAAUGUUUUCGUUUCUAUGCUUUAUGGGGUAGGUGUUCCGAUGAUUAUUCCAGUAGUACUUAUGAAUUUCAUCAUUUAGUACUGUCUUGAUAGAUUAUUGACUGUCUAUCUAUAUAAACAACCUCCCCUAUUUGAUUAGCAACUUACCUAAACUGCUUUAAAUAUACUUUAAUGGGGUGUCAUCCUUUAUUUAGGUUUUGGCUAUUGGAUGCUUAGUAAUAAGCAAAUUUUUACCAAUACCAUUCAUCCUAAAGAGUAUGCGAAAGAAAUAAUUUACACUGGUCAUGAUAUUGCCAAUAUUGAAAUAGAUCAUGCAUUCCCUGUUCUAGUUUUUCUUAUUGCUGUUGCAGCUGUUCUAUUCUUUGUUAUGAUUAAAAACUUCAUUGAAGAAUACUUUAUUAAAUCUAGUCAGGAAUAAGAGCUUCUUGGUUUCGAGGGAUUAGUGAGAUUUUAUAAGAGUUUGUAUAAGAGUGAUUUGGACUUUUGGAUUCAGGAAGAAAUGAAGCUAAAAGAUUUCAGUUUGAGUCAAAUGAGAAUAGCUAACAUUAGUUAUUUAGCUUACAAGUCAAAGCAUGAAUAGAUGGUAGAAGAAAAAGGACUAUAAACUGUUGGUUGUUAUGAAUUGCUGGCACAACCUAAAUAUAAAGAACUACUCUAAUAUGUUCCAAUUUCUCAUAGAAUAAAGUUAUCUGAGGGAUAAACUAUUAAGCAAUAUGGAUUUAGCGAUAAACUGAGGAAAUAUAUUGACUUUCCUUAUUUAAAUGAUGAUUGA